CCCCUAUUUCCACUACGACAACGACCUCCCAAAAUUCUCUUUUUCCACCAAAUAAAAGGAGAUGUUGUCAAGCAAAAACGUCGUCGUAGUAGAGGCUUGGAACACCACCACCACAACGCAAACGCAAACGCCACAUAGACCCUCACUGUUACAUCCAACAUUCUAUUGGGGUUACAACUGCCAAGUACUCUUCUCAGGAUGGCCUGGUUCUGACCGUGGGAUGUAUGCGUUCGCACUUAUCUUCGUCUUCUUUUUGGCGUUCUUAGCCGAGUGGCUAGCUCGGUGCUCUGACGCAUCGUCCACCAAACCGGGUGCAGAUAAACUUGCUAAAGUUGCGUUUCGCACGGCUAUGUAUGCAGUCAAGUCCGGCUUUAGCUACCUUGUGAUCUUGGCCGUUGUUUCUUUCAAUGGUGGGGUUUUCCUAGCCGCGAUUUUCGGACAUGCUCUUGGGUUCGCCGUUUUCCGUGGGAGGGCUUUUCGGAACAUGGGUCGAGUCGAUGCUCCAAUGGCGGCGACGAUGAUCGGAUUAAACCUCUCCUGCUUCAAAUCAACAUCGUUCUUCUCACCGGACCUCAAUUCUCUCCACUCAAAGCUCUCUCUCCUAUCUCUCAAACCUUCUCCACAGCCACGAAAAUCAACAGUUAUCCGUAUGGGCGGUGGUCCGAGAACAUUCCCCGGCGGUGUCUCAAAAUGGCAAUGGAAAAGGAUGCAAGCGAAGAAACAGAAGCAGCUUCUCAAAGCGAGGUUAUGCAGAGAACGUCAGAUCUACGAGAUGAGAAAACGAGCCGAGCUAAAAGCGGCGGUGGCUGAGCUUGAACGACCAUGGGAACCGAUUCAGAAACCACCGAAUCUAUUCUCUGUUUGUGCUGAUGAACAAGUUAAGGUACUCGCGGAUCGGUUUCAGAAACCUGGUGGAUUUGAUUUGUGGACUGAUAGAGAUGGUCCUCAAUUGUUUGAGAGUGUUGAUGAUUUGCCUUCUGCUAGGUUUUUUCCUAAAGGUGUUGUUCAUAGUGUCAAACCUUAUGGUAGAUUAUCAUCAAGCUCUGUUGUUGAUGGUGAUUCUGAUGGUGAAGAGAGUGAGGUUAAAGAUGAAGUAAUUGGGAAGUUACGUGGUCGUAGGGUGAGGAAGAGAGUUGGUGUCAAGGGGAUAGAGAGAGGUGAAGAAGGAGGUAAGAGGAAGAUUGAGAAUCGUGUUAAUGGUGGGAGAUUGAGAAACGGAGGGUCUUCUCAGGUGUAUGAAAUGACUCUGCAGAAUGAUGGGAGAUAUGAAAUUGGAUCUUAGGUAUGAGUUCUUCACUUUGUUGUGUUCAUCAUAAUCAAAUGAUGUCUCUGAACAUAAAUGUGUAUGUAACCUGUAAUAGUUUGAUUGUGCUUAUGCAAAGUCUUCAGUUUUAGGGAAAUAUAUCUCUGUUCAAGUA